AUGACAAAUAGCAUAUACAGAAACCCUUAUUCCAUUUUGAAUGUUGAAAAAAAUUGCGACAUUGAAACUGCAAAAAAACAAUUCAAAAAGUUGGCAAUAAUUUAUCACCCAGAUAAGCAAAACUAUCAUUUAAAUAAGGAAAAGGAGAAGGAAAUAAUGCGAGAAAAUAGCAAAAUAAACAAAGAAAGGCAACAGGUGAAAACAGAAAAUAUCGAUUUCGUAACCGUAGUUUGGGCGUACGAACAAAUUUUAAAAGAAAUUCAAUGUAGUAACAAAUUAGAAAAAUACGAAAAUGCAUUGAAUAUUAAGAAAAAAGACUUGGAAUAUAUUAGCGAAGAGAAUACGUACCUUUAUUUUUGCCGUUGUGGUGAUUUUUUUCUUUUUAAAAAAAAUUUAUAUUUCGAAUAUUACGUUAUAUAUGCAUGUCAAAGUUGCUCAUCCUCAGUUUAUUUAAUUCCAUAA